AGAAAUGAAAUAAAGAGCACAAAGUCCAGGGCUGCCUUCUAUUAGAGACAAGAUCCAGAAGAGCUCCAAUCGAGAUGGCAGUGAUCUUCUGGGAUGUGAUUCAAUAUCAGAGACUUCUCUUAAUGGUGGUUAUUCUGGGAAUCGGAGGAUCACUGCAGGUUGGCUUCCAAGGAUCUAUGAUCACCUAUGCAUCUCUGCACAUCAAAGAAUUCAUCAAUGAGACGUGGUUGGAGAGGUUUGGACAUUCGGUCCAUCCUUCAACGCUCACCUUAUUGUGGUCUUCAGUGGUAUCCAUCUUUGGCUUGGGAGGUCUCCUGGGCUCCAUGAGCAGUGGAUGCCUGGCUGCCAAAUAUGGAAAGAAGAACUGCUUUUUGGGCAGCAACAUGCUGAUGGUGGCCAGUGCAUUCCUCCUGGGCUUCAGCAAGAUGGCCAGAUCUGUCGAACUCAUUCUGGUGGGACGUUUUCUGUGUGGCAUCAGCACAGGUGUUUGUAUCCUUCUUCAUCCCCAGUACCUCGGAGAGGUUUCCCCCAAAAAACUCCGCGGAUUUACCACUUCAACUGCUUCCAUGUUUUGGUGUUUGGGAAAAGUCCUUGGUCAAGUUAUGGGAUUAAGGGAGCUUUUGGGAAGUGGGGCCCUCUGGCCAAUGCUGCUGGCCUUCAGUGGGGCUACGGCCGUGGUCCCCUUGCUCGUAUUACCAUUCUUCCCUGAGUCACCACCUCACUUGCUCUUGCACAGAGGAGACGAAGAAGGAUGUGUGAAAGCAAUGAAGACCUUUUGGGGGGAAAAGCCUCAUUGGGCAGAGCUGGAUGACUUGCAGAAAGAGCAAGCAGCCCUGAACAGCACCCAGAGCAAGAGCCUCCUGGAACUGGUCAAGGAGCCUUCCCUGCGCUGGCAACUCUAUAUGCUGCUUGUCCUGGCAGUGACCACACAGCUGAGUGGCAUCCAGGCAAUUUACUCCUACACCUUUGAAGUGAUCCAGGCCACUGGGUUCCACCUUGAGCAGAUCCCCUACUUGGCCCUGGGAGUGAGCCUCUGCGAAUUUCUUUCCACCAUCCUUUGUAGCUUCAUCAUCGAACGAUUUGGAAGAAAGAUGCUACUCUGGGCAGGCUACGCUUUGAUGGGCACCAUGCUGGCUGGUAUCACCUUAUCCCUCUCUCUGCAGCCCUGGUUCUCCUGGAUGCCUUAUUGUUGCCUUUCUUUGAUCUUCUGUUUUGUAUUUGUCUUUGGUUUGGGCCCAGCUGGUGCCACAGUCUCUCUCCGGAUGGAAAUGUUUGAUCAGUCAUCCAGAGCCCCUGCCUUUGCGAUUAGUGGGACCCUGAGCUGGGCUGGAGUCUUUGUGAUCGGAAUGGUGUUUCCAUUGAUGUUGGAAAACGUCCGUCAGUUCUCCUUUCUCAUCUUCAUGGGCAUCCUUUAUACUUCAGGAUUUAUUGUUUACUUCUUCCUGCCUGAGACAAAGAAAAAAUCUAUCCUAGAAAUCCAAGAAGAAUUUGAUAAACUUAAUUUUAAGAAGAAACAAAUUCCUGUCUUAGACGCCAAGCUGACCAAAGACCAUGAAUUGUGUACCAAACUAUGACAAAGACUCUCAAAUCUCAGAGAAGCCCUGCAUGGUCCAACCUGCAGCUUUUUGGAGGUCUCUUUAGAUGAUCCUCCAGAAUUGCUUCUCCAUUCCUAAGAUGUUAAAGCACUUCUAGUCCACAAAUCCUAGUUGUUUUGUGAUGUCAUGAUCCAGUAAGAAAUAAAGAUCGUUGUAUUCUUGACAACAUUGCACAUUUUGAUAGAUCACACAAGGGCCUGGCUAGACUGUAGCAUGUCUUUUAAAGAGGAGUAAUGGAACACAUUCAGAGUCCCUGGCACUGGAUACCAAGUUGCUUUCACUUCUACACACAUCAUCUCAAUCUGGGAACGUCCUGGGUACAGCACCAGAGAGGACCUUUAGUCCGACUUUUAAGGAAAUUAUAGAAUUGGAACUGAAUAGAGAUGGAUUUGUGUGGCGUGGCGUGGAAUGUAGCAGAACAGAACAGCUUUAUUUGGCCAAAUGUACAUGCAAAGCAACAAAGUAAUAAUAAUCAUAAUAAUGAUACCAAUAAGAGGAGUUUCAUUUCAUUUCCAAUUCAUUUCUUGAGGAAAUGAAUUCUGUGCUCUGUGGAAAAGUCCUUCUAACUUGCCUUCAGAUUCACUUUUCCCUCUGCAUUUUACCCACUUCCUCAAAAUUGACCAUUUGAAUGUCUAACUACAGUUUACAGCUCUUUGUACUUCCUUUUUAUUUUUACCCUGUAUGGAUUAGUUGAUAUUGUCAACAAAUUUGAUGACCUCACUCCAUUGCAGAAACUGGUUCUCUAUUUAAUUUGUUAAUGCUUCACAAGUCUGAGAAUUCAUAUAUGAAGCUGAUUAGAUCCAUUCAAUCUGGUUCCAAUGUUCCAUGUCUUACAUUUGCAAGAAAGUGGAUUGCUAAGUCUUGUCCUUUUUUAAAAAAGUUUUUUUUAUUUUAAUUAAACAAAAACAAAAAAAGAAUCAUCCUUCAUU